CUCUCUUCCCUGUGUUCCCCCCUUCAGACAGGCAGAAUUGACAAGUCCUACCCAACAGUGUGUGGCCACACGGGACCGGUGCUGGACAUAGACUGGUGUCCUCAUAAUGACCAGGUCAUCGCCAGCGGCUCUGAGGACUGCACCGUCAUGGUGUGGCAGAUUCCCGAGAAUGGACUCACCCUGUCCCUGACAGAGCCAGUGGUAGUCUUAGAAGGCCAUUCCAAGAGAGUCGGCAUUGUGGCUUGGCAUCCGACGGCACGCAACGUGCUGCUCAGCGCAGGUUGUGAUAAUGCAAUCAUCAUCUGGAAUGUGGGAACAGGUGAAGCCCUCAUAAACUUGGAUGACAUGCACGUGGAUAUGAUUUACAACGUGAGCUGGAAUCGCAAUGGCAGCCUAAUCUGUACAGCUUCCAAAGACAAAAAAGUUCGAGUUAUUGACCCCAGGAAACAAGAAAUCCUUGUUGAGAAAGAGAAGACCCACGAGGGAGCCCGGCCCAUGCGAGCCAUUUUCCUCGCAGAUGGCAACAUCUUCACAACCGGCUUCAGCCGCAUGAGCGAACGGCAGCUUGCCCUUUGGAAUCCGAAAAACAUGGAGGAGCCGAUAGCCCUUCACGAGAUCGACACCAGCAACGGCGUCCUGCUGCCGUUCUACGAUCCAGAUACCAACGUUAUUUACUUGUGUGGCAAGGGUGACAGCAGCAUUCGCUACUUCGAGAUCACGGACGAGUCUCCCUACGUUCACUACCUCAACACCUUCAGCAGCAAAGAGCCGCAGAGGGGCAUGGGGUUCAUGCCAAAGAGGGGCCUCGAUGUGAACAAGUGUGAGAUUGCCAGGUUCUUCAAACUCCACGAGAGGAAGUGCGAGCCCAUCAUCAUGACGGUUCCUCGAAAGUCGGACCUCUUCCAGGAUGACCUGUACCCGGAUACAGCCGGCCCAGAAGCAGCUCUGGAAGCAGAGGAGUGGUUUGAGGGGAAGAAUGCCGAUCCCCUUCUCAUCUCCUUGAAGCACGGGUACAUUCCGGGCAAGAACAGGGAUCUCAAGGUGGUCAAGAAGAACAUACUGGACAACAAACCUGCCGCAAACAAGAAAAGUGAUCUCAUAAAUGCUCCAAAGAAAGCAGCCGAUGCCUCAAACACUCAAAACGAAGCCAAAUUGGAUGAGAUUUUGAAAGAGCUGAAAUCGAUAAAAGACACGAUCACCAACCAAGACGAGCGCAUUUCCAAGCUGGAGCAGCAGAUGGCAAAGAUUGCGGACUGAGCGGGAGCGAGCGGCGCUGGCCCUGCCGCCAGCCCAGGCACAUUCCAGUUCCCCAGUUCGGCAAGCAGCAGCCUGCAGCAUUCCAGUACGAGCUUUCCUGUUCUCCUAAAUUCACGUCAACGAGAGCCGAUGAUUAAAAGCCAAGCUUUUUAGUGAAAGAUUUUUUUUUUCCUGAUGUUUUAAUGAAUUUAUGUGACUGUGUCAAACAAGUCAAAAAGAUUAAGUGCUACUUUUACAAUCUUUUUUGUUUUGUUUUUUCCAGAUGUUACGAAUUCUUGAAAACAAAUCCAAUUCUGACUUUCAAUGUUGUGCCCAAAUACCUUGUUUUUCUAGAUAUAGGGACCAAUGCCACAUUGUUCUCCACCAUUUUUUUUUUAAAGUUGCCAAAAAAAA